AAUGCAAAUUAAAGGACUCUUUCUUGCUUGCGUGUCCGUUUGAUCAAAUCCCACCUCCACAAAAAUACAUAGAGUUGUCUUCAAGGCUUGUGGGACCCGAAUGAAGUGCUUUAAAUAGAGGUCUCUCUUUGUGAAGGAGACCAGCCAACGCAGAUUGCAGAGAACAAACACAGCCUCAGAAAGUGUGUGAGAGCUAGACAGAUCGAGAAACAAGAUAGAAAGUGCUUCUUCUGUAGAAGCACUUUCUGGGCAAGGGCUUCUGUAUAUCUCCAGGAUUGCACAUAUAUAGCCCCUGUAAGUAGGACAAUGGGAGCCGGAGGCCGAAUGUCUGCUAGCAAGAAGCUUGAAGAGCAAAAAACACCCUUCCAGCGAGCACCACACACAAAACCCCCAUUCACGCUUAGCCAACUCAAGAAAGCCAUACCACCCCAUUGCUUCAAACGCUCCCUCCUACGCUCCUUCUCAUAUGUUGUUUAUGACCUCUCCUUAGCCUUCCUCUUCUACUACAUCGCUACCUCUUGCUUCCAUCUCCUCCCUCACCCCCUUUCCUACUUGGCGUGGCCGAUCUAUUGGGCUCUCCAAGGCUGCCUUCUCACCGGCGUUUGGGUCAUCGCGCAUGAGUGCGGUCACCAUGCCUUCAGUGACUACCAAUGGGUCGAUGACAUGGUUGGCCUAAUCCUUCACUCUGUUCUUUUAGUUCCAUACUUUUCAUGGAAGAUCAGCCACCGCCGCCACCACUCUAACACCGGGUCCCUUGACCGAGAUGAGGUGUUUGUCCCCAAGCCAAAAUCGAAAAUGCCAUGGUUUUCCAAGUACUUCAACAAUCCACCAGGCAGGGUCCUCACUCUUUUGGUCACACUCACUCUAGGCUGGCCCUUGUACUUAGCGUUAAAUGUUUCUGGCCGACCCUAUGACCGUUUCGCAUGCCACUAUGAUCCCCACGGCCCCAUUUUUUCGGAUCGCGAAAGGCUUCAAAUAUAUCUCUCGGAUGCCAGUGUCUUUGCUGCAGCUUAUGUGCUUUACUGCGCGGCAACGGCAAAAGGGCUGGCAUGGCUUGUAUUGGUAUAUGGUGUGCCACUGCUCAUAGUGAAUGCCUUCCUUGUGUUGAUCACAUACUUGCAGCACACUCACCCUGCAUUGCCGCACUACGACUCGUCGGAAUGGGAUUGGCUCAGGGGAGCGUUGGCGACCGCAGACAGAGAUUACGGGGUGCUGAAUAAGGUUUUCCACAAUAUCACAGACACCCAUGUGGCUCACCAUCUCUUCUCUACUAUGCCACAUUACCAUGCAAUGGAAGCCACCAAAGCAAUCAAGCCAAUAUUGGGCGAGUACUACCAGUUUGAUGGCACUCCUGUUUAUAAGGCAGUGUGGAGGGAGGCUAAAGAGUGCCUUUAUGUUGAGCCAGAUGAGGGUGCCCCUAACAAAGGCGUUUUCUGGUACCAGAACAAGAUGUGAUACUGGCUGGACUGAGCCAAAGAAAAUGUAGUUAGUAGGCUAGGCCAGUGUCUUUGGUCAGUUUGGUGUGUUAAGGAACAAAUGAAGAUCAAAAUAAGGAUCACAUGCAAUUGUGUGAGUGUCAUUUAGCAAAGAAAAAAAGAACAUGCAGUGUCAGUGCUGCUGGGUUUAUGUAAUGUGGUUUGUGUUCAGUGAAAGUUCUGUUUCGUAAACAAUAGUGUUUGGUA